AUGCACAGGAACGGGCACCGGCCAGAGUCGAGGACGGGAAGGGACGAAGCUCGCGGCCUCUCUAAAAUCUCGCGUUCUAGGGCAAAGGGAUUGUACAGUUAUCUAUUGUUUACGCGGGGUUCAGCGGUGGAUAGAGCUCUUUUAUGGGAGGAUUUGAAUUUGGUAAAAGCUGCUGUUUAUUGUCCUUGGAUUGGUGAUUCUCUGAUAUGGAAAGAAUUGCUUAAUGUAGGAAAUAAAGCUGUAGAGAUGUUUGUGUGGGAUUUGGGCGAGGAAAAAGUUAAUUUCUGGAGGGAUGAUUGGACCAUUAAAGGCCCUUUGUAUGCUAUUUACGAUGAUAUGAUGGCUAGCAAUGUUACUGUUUCUGAUUUUUUGAAUCAUGACAGCUGGUAUAUGGGCAAACUUAAUCUGGUUUUGAAUAAGGAGAUGGUGGAUUAUGUGGUUAUAAUUCCAUUUGAUACAAGUAAGAAGGAUGUGCUUAAAUGUAAAUUUGUGGGUAAUCAUUCGGUUACCAAAAGUAUUGCUAAAGGGUUAUAUUAUUGUCAUAAUCAGCAAAAUGGGAAUCUCAUAUGGAAUAGGUUCUUAAAGCCUUCUCAGUCGUUUUUGGCAUGGAGAAUGAAAUUUAUGUUUUUGCCUAUGGAUGAUAUACUUAAACGUAAGGUGCUUAAAAUGACUUCUAUUUGUCUUCUAUGCAGAUAG